CACGAGAGUGCGUUGCAGUGUAGCAGUGGUGUUAGGUGUAUAUGCGUGAGACAUGUGUAUUAGCAUGCGAACGUUUUGGUAAUAGCAGCAGUUUGCCAGCGAGAACUCGCCAUUUUUUAUCAUCACUUUGGCGAUGGGUCGCAAAAGCAUCGUGCCACGAACGCGUGGUGGUCCUAACAAAGGUCGAGCGAAUAACACACACAAUAAACCGCCUCAGACAAAUACAGAAAGCAAAGCUACAUUGCAAGGUACACAACACAACAGUGCACAUCACAUGAACUCGCAACAUAUUGGGUCGCAUCGGGGUGCACAGGGCGGAGCGAAUCACAAUGGGGUACACCAUGGGAACGCGAGAACGGGUCGUCAUGGCAACGUUGCUCCGCGUAAAUCCGGAGGAUCGGUGUCGAAGUCACAGAUGGGCUACAACAAAAGCCUCGCCACAUUGAACGACGCUCGCAGCAUAUUCGGUGUAAUCAACAGCUCAUUAGAUGACUUCAACCUCAUCAACUGUGCCACUGCGUUGCAGAGACUGGCUAAAGCGCGCGACUUCAACGCCAACAGUUCAUAUGAUGUGCAGCCGCUACUUCUCAAAGCAGCGCAUCACAUCCAAACCAACCCGCAGGACUGCGAGGCUAGGCAGUUGUCGGGGCUGCUCUGGGCAUGCGGCAAAUUAGGAAUCAGAAAUGAACCGCUCGAGGAGAGUGUGCAACACGCGGCUCUGCAGCACUUUGAGGAGUUCAAACCGCAGGAGCUCAGCAACAUGCUGUGGGGCAUGGCCAAGACCACUGCGCAACGAACGGGCCUGGUGCAAGGCUUAGCGAAGCACAUUGCCACGUCUUUGCGAAGGGACAAAGGCACAGACUUCCGCAGUGGGUGGACGCCGCAGGGAGUGAGUAAUGUGGUGUGGAGUUUGGCGUCGUUUGGCGAAUGGGGCGUGCGCACUACGGCAGCGGUGACUGAUGUGCUGCCGGCGCUGUCCUCUGCCGUGGCAGAACGCGCGCAGCUGUUCAAUGCACAGGAGUGUGCCAACACGCUCUAUGGAUUUGCAAAGCUGCAGGAGCACACUGACGCAACAACACAGUGCAGCGAAGGCAUCAGCCACCUUACCACACGCCUCAUCCACGACACGCAGUGGGUGGCGGCCAAUGCCUUCACGGCCCAGCAGAUCACCAAUGUCACGUGGGCUGCUGCUAAGCUGGGCUUAAGCGCCAAUGCGCCGCUGAUGGCUACGCUGGAAAGCGCGUGCGAGGCCGUCAGCGCGCGCAUGAAUUCGCAGGAACUGUCAAUGGUGCUUUGGGCGUUCAUGACGCUCACCUGUGCCAAUCACAGUGUGUUCAAUACGCUGGCCACUUGCGCAGCCCAGAAAGCUGACACAGCCACGGCCCAGCAGAUGGCGACGGCGACGCAUGCGAUGGCAAAGGUUGGUCUGAAGAACGACCGCAUGAUGACAGUCUUUGCGGAACGGGCAGUGACAUGCACCAGUGACUUUGAUAAGGAACCGCGAGACGUGGCCUUUCUGGCAUGGGCGUACGCAAAGCUGGAUGUGCGCGCGCCGCACCUGUUUAAAGUGCUGUCGAGUGUGGGUGUGAGGCAGUUGAAGCGCGUGACCGUAGAUGCGGAUUAUGAGCCAAAGUUCAAAAAAGGGAAAAGGGACAACGCGAGCGAGUACACGCCACAGCACCUGACCAUGUUGCUGUUCGCCUUUGCGGUGCUGAACAUCAGAGACCAAACCUUCAUCGCCGAAGCAGUGCGCGUGACCGCGUGUCUGCUGCAGGACUACAACCCGCGCGACUUAACCAACACCACGUGGGCGCUGUGUGAGCUGGGGCUGACGGCUGACGGCCACCCGCAACUGGUGGCACGCAUCAGCAAAGCCGCCCGGGACCGCCUCAGUGCAUUCAAUUCACAGGAGCUUCUGAAAUUCCUCGGCGCUUAUGAGCGCAUGGGAGGUGCAGACUCUGAAUUAACAACGGCCGUGACUUCCAAGCGCACAAUUGAGUACGAAUUCCCGGCUCUGGGCAACACCAUCACACUGACCAGUGAGACGCCCAAGGACCACGAAGGGUCUGUGCGCACUCGCGUGGACAACAACUGCGGAGGCCAUGGCAGAGGCAACACAGGCGUGACGCUGUGGGAGGGCAGCCACGUGUUGGCCGAGUGGCUGUCUCGUGUGGCCCAUCCGCUGGCCUCACCGGCACUGCGGUGCGCUCUGCAGGGUGCGUGGGAUGGGAGUGCGCGUGAGAUGCGCGUGGAUGGCAAGACGUGUCAGGGUGUGGAGGGGAACGCAGACGCGGAGCACUCCAAUUCCAGUGGCGGUGCGGUGGUGUGGCAGGGCAGGACAGGUGUAGAGAUUGGCGCAGGUCUUGGGCUGCCAUCUAUAGUCGCGUCUAACCUAGGGAUCCGAAUGGUGGCAACUGACGGAGACGACGAUGUGUUGCGACUGUUGCGCGACAACAUGUCAUCUAACGGCUGCACUGAUGCGCGAGUGGAGAAACUGGUGUGGGGUGAUAAAGAAGCUCUGCACACCGUGUCAGAUGGCACUGGCCGCCAUCCCGACCUCAUCCUGGCCAGUGAUGUGGUCUAUGGCAACGAUCCCAAACAGUGGCGCAAGCUGGUGCGGACACUGGUGGCACUCAGUGGACCCAAUACGCUCGUGCUGCUGGCGAAUGUGCAGAGAUAUCCGGUGCACCAUCCCCUGGCGGAAACAAAGUUUUACACAGAAUCAACGGCCAAGCACUUCACACGCUCGGAAGUGCCAACCACCGAACUAGCCCCAAAGUAUCAGCGCACGGGGGCAGGCAGUUGUGUUAUACACGUGCUGCGUCAGAAGCAGACGGCAGCCACCAGUAAAUACAAUGGGGCAUCUGUCGUUGUCAAGGGUAAAGCAAGGGAUUACGCACAAGAUAAAGCUACCGAUGCAUCGGCCAAUUUAGACGCUUGCAAGCAAACCGUUGAUAUGGAUAGUGCGCAUGCUUCUUUCCAGGAAAAACGCACAAAAAGCAAAACCAUUAUACCCGAAAUAGCUACUAGCGGAAGCACCACCGAAAACAAAUCAAUCUCUAGCCGGAAGCGAAAGAUUGAUACUACGAGCGACGGAAACGGCACGGUCGGCGAUGAAGUGACUGCUGCGAAGAAUGGCCACACACCAUCCACUAGCGAGCAUUCUGGAAGUAAGGAAAGCAGCAGUGAGUGUGUCGAUGGGGCCAUGGAUAGAGCUACUAAAAAAAGGGGGGGAAAGAAAAGCAAAAAGCAAAAGAGAAGCAAAAAGGAAAAGAAUAUAAAACGUGAAGCGACACUGGUUGCACUGGCAGAGAGCAGUCCGAUGUCAGCUGACAAUUCGACGGAAGGUAGAAUUGAUCCCUCUGAGGGUUUAAGUGACGAGGAGGAUUUUCCCGAGAUAGAGUUUGAUGGAUAUGUAUAUAGGUAGGUAGUAACAUCAGAUAAAGAAUUUAG